AUGAAUAACGGUGUGGUUGUCAAGAUAGUUUCAGGCGUCAUAACAACAUGCUUUUUAGCAGUUCUAUUUCUUUUCUCAUUGUGGCAUAAUCUGAUUGCGGCACAUUUCAAGCCAAAGGAUCCCAGAGAUACAAGGACGUCACAGUCCACUAUAAACCCGAAAAACCGAUCGAGAAAAUCUUCAAUAGCCUCUACUACUCCGCUGAACUUCGAAUUUGACGAGGUAAACAACAUAGAAUUUGACCACUUGAUCACCAACCCAGAUGCAAGGUUAUUAACACGCUCUAGGUGCACUCCAGAGGGGAAUUCUGGCAAUCUGACUCUUCACAAAGAAAAUGAAAAUCCCUUUGAUGACUUAUUGAAUGCAGAAGACCUAAGACUGGUCCCUCAACUAAAGUUCUAUUACGAGCAAUACGGAAUCUCCAUUGAGGAGUUUGAGAUCAAGACAGAGGACGGUUUCAUUUUGGACCUCUGGCAUUUCAAGCCUUCUCAAGGUGUCACUGUUCCUUCAACGAAGCAGCCUAUGCUACUGAUGCAUGGACUUCUGCAAAGCUCGGCUUCUUUCGCCUCUGGAGGAAGGAAAUCACUCGCUUACUACUUUUAUGAGUCUGGUUUCGAUGUUUGGCUGGGCAAUAAUCGCUGUGGUUUCAGGCCAAAGUGGGAUAAGAAAAUUGUCUCUGACGAUAGUAAAUGGAAUUGGGGGAUGCGAGAAAUGGUACAAUACGAUUUAAGAGCACUUAUUUCGAAUGUGCUACAAAGAACAGAGAAGAAAAAACUAACACUAGUAGCACAUUCACAAGGCACGACACAAGGUUUUAUGGCUCUGGCAAACGGUGAGUCUAUCUACCAGGAUGCUUUCCAAAUACUUGAUAAAGUCGAAAAUUUCAUCGCUUUAGCCCCUGCGGUGUACCCAGGUCCACUGUUGGAAGAGAAACAUUUUGUCAGGUUUAUGUCAAGAUUUAUCGCUUCGUCUCUAGUUUUCGGCAGGCAGUCAUUUAUGCCGCAGAUGAUGGCCAUGCGUUCGAUACUGGUUGGAUCGAAGUUAUUUUCUUUCUUAUCGUAUGUGAUGUUCAACUACCUGUUUGACUGGAAUGACACUUUGUGGGAUAAAGCUCUCAGAGAUCGCCACUUCCUGUUUUCACCAGUGCAUAUAUCAGUGAAACUAAUGCAGUGGUGGUUAAGCAGGGAUGUGAGGGACCAAAGUUUCAAAUCUUACGCUAAUGAGAUUUUCCCGGAGGCAAAGACCUGGUUUCCAGUAAGACAGGACCCUGGUUUACUGCAAAAUCCACACCACACAAACACUGAGCGAGAUUCUAGUAGUGAGCUCCCACGUAUCCUUUUGUUUGUUCCAAAGCAAGAUCGCCUAGUUGAUGGCGAACGCCUUAUCAAUCAUUUUGUUAAUUUUGAGCCUCAUUCUCUUUACAAAAUAUGGUACAUUGACGAAUAUUCCCACCUAGAUGUGUUAUGGUCGCACGAUGUCAUAGAGAGAAUCGGAAAGCCUGCGUUAGAAAACAUUCGCCGUCACGAAGAGUUGUGCCACUAG